AUGGAAGAAGUAGCAGAAGGACUAUGGGGUUUAUCAGACUAUCACGAAAAUCGCGGCGAAAUCGCAAAAUCCAUAAAAUGUCUAGAAGCAAUUUGCCAAAGCGAGGUUUCGUUUUCCCCAAUUGUCGAAGUCAAAACCCGUCUUCGAAUCGCUUCAAUCCUUCUUCAUCAUUCUCACAACGCUAAUCACGCUAAAUCUCACCUCGAACGUGCCCAAUUGCUUUUGAAGUCUAUACCUAGAUGUUUUGAAUUAAAGUGUAGAGCUUAUAGUUUGUUGAGUCAGUGUUAUCAACUUCUUGGAGCUAUUCAACCUCAGAAACAAGUGUUGUUUAAAGGUCUUGAGCUUGCUGCUUCUGCGGGGCAUGAAAUUUCAACAAAAUUGUGGUCUUGCAACUUCAAUUCACAGCUUGCAAAUGCUUUGUCAAUUGAAGGAGACUACCAGGGUUCAUUCUCUGCUUUAGAAUGUGGAUAUGACUGUGCUACAGAUGUACGCAACCCGGAGUUGCAGAUGUUCUUUGCCACUUCGAUAUUGCAUGUCCACCUCAUAAAAUGGGAUGAUAGUAAUUUGGUUGAGCAAGCUGUUAAUAAAUGCAAUGAGAUUUGGGAGUCAAUUGAGCCAGAUAAAAGACAACAAUGCCCUGGCUUGCUCUUUUAUAAUGAAUUACUGCAUAUAUUCUAUCGAACGCGGCUAUGUGAUUACAAGAAUGCCGCACCCCAUGUAGACAAUCUGGAUGCUGCCGUGAAGGCUGAAAGGAAGCAAACACAACAUAUGCAAGAGCUAGUGAAGGAGCUCAGUGCUUUAGAUCAAAGUCUUUCCAGGUCUGAUCUUCACUACAGAGAAAGAGCAGCACUGUCUGAGAAGCAAACAAUGAUUCAAGAACAGCUGAGAAACACAAAUGGGUUCAGUUCAACUGGGCGGGAAUCCCUUGAACCAGUAUAUUUUGGGAAUGGUAGAAGGACACUAGGAGAUAAGCUUCAAUUAGCACCACCUCCUAUUGAUGGGGAAUGGCUUCCUAAAAGUGCUGUCUAUGCACUUGUUGAUCUAAUAGUUGUUAUAUUUGGGCGCCCCAAAGGACUUUUUAAGGAGUGUGGAAAGCGCAUACAGUCUGGCAUGCGUAUAAUUCAAGGUGAAUUAGUGAAGCUUGGAAUUACUGAUCGUGUCAGAGAAGCGGACUUGCAACAAUCUUCUAUCUAUAUGGCUGGAGUAUACUUAAUGCUACUAAUUCAGUUUCUUGAAAACAAAGUGGCCAUAGAGCUCACACGGACAGAGUUCGCUGAAGCACAAGAGGCAUUGGUACAGAUGAAAAAAUGGUUCAUGCGAUUUCCGACUAUAUUACAGCCAUGUGAAUGCAACAUUGAGAUGCUUAGAGGCCAAUAUGCUCAUUCUGUUGGCUGUUAUAACGAAGCCACCUUUCAUUAUCUUGAAGCAGUAAAGCUUACAGACAGCAAAUCAAUGAAAACCAUGUGCCAGGUUUAUGCAGCUGUUUCUUAUAUCUGCAUUGGUGAUGCUGAAUCUACUUCACAGGCACUUGAUUUGAUUAGGCCAGUUUAUGGUAUAAUGGAUUCUUUUGUAGGAGUUAGAGAGAAAACGGGCAUUCUUUUUGCUUAUGGUCUUUUAUUGAUGAAACAGCGGGAUCUUCAAGAAGCAAGAAAUCGCUUGGCAAAUGGAUUGCAGCUGGCACAUAAUUUUUUGGGGAACCAUCAGCUUCUUUCCCAAUAUUUGACAACCCUUGGCAGUUUGGCCCUUGUAUUACAUGACACUGUACAAGCCCGGGAGAUAUUGAGAUCGUCUUUGACCUUGGCAAAGAAGCUUUCUGAUGCUCCUGCUCAAGUCUGGGUGCUGACUGUUUUGACAGCUUUAUAUAAAGAAUUAGGAGAAAAGGGAAGCCAAAUGGAGAAUGAUGAGUAUAAAACAAAAAUAUCAAAAGAUUUGCAGAAGAAACUGGCUAAUGCACAAUCAUCCAUUUAUCAUAUUGAAUUAAUUGACAAAGCAAGAUUUGAAGUUCAGCAGUCACAUGAGUUCAACAUCAAGCGUAAAAUGGCUAGCCAAACUGCGGGAGUCAAUCUUGAUAUUCCAGAAUCUAUUGGCCUGCCAGCACCCUCACCUUUUCAACCAUCAAGGCUAAUUGAUAUAGAUAAUAGUAGCAGUAGAAGACGUGGAAAACGAAGAAGUUAG